GCAAACAACGCGGCGCUUGAAACUCAGCCUCAACUUCCCACCGCAAGGAUGGCAGCGCUGCUGGAGCUCUGGAGCUGCCCAGCGAAGCAGGGAACCUGCGUUGUGUUCGCCGCUGUCUAAUACGUGGGAGUAAAAUGGAAUUUCUUACCUGGCUUUUUCCUGCCUUGCUUCUACUGUGCACGCAGCAGCACAGGUGUAUCAGAGCUAUGAAUGACAUUGGAGAUUACAUAGGUUCCAACAUCGAAAUAUCCUGGUUGCCAAACCUGGAUGAUUUGAUGAAGGGGUAUGCACGUAAUUUCAGGCCUGGGAUUGGAGGUCCUCCUGUUAAUGUUGCUCUUGCCAUUGAAGUAGCCAGCAUUGACCACAUCUCAGAAGUUAACAUGGAAUAUACCAUGACGGUGUUUUUGCACCAGAGCUGGCGAGAUGACCGUCUGUCUUACAACCACACCAAUGAAACUCUGGGGUUAGACAGCCGGUUUGUGGACAAGCUCUGGUUGCCAGAUACGUUCAUAGUAAAUGCCAAAUCUGCCUGGUUCCAUGAUGUGACCGUGGAAAACAAACUUAUCAGGCUCCAGCCAGAUGGAGUCAUUUUAUACAGCAUCAGGAUUACCUCAACAGUGGCCUGUGACAUGGACCUUUCCAAGUAUCCAAUGGAUGAACAAGAAUGCAUGUUGGAUUUGGAGAGCUAUGGCUACUCUUCAGAGGAUAUCGUCUACCACUGGUCAGAAAACCAGGAGGAGAUCCAUGGGCUGGAUAAGCUGCAGCUUGCUCAAUUCACAAUUACCAGCUACCGGUUCACAACAGAAAUGAUGAACUUUAAAUCUGCAGGUCAGUUUCCCAGGCUCAGUCUUCACUUCCACCUUCGGCGAAAUCGAGGAGUUUACAUCAUUCAGUCCUAUGUUCCUUCUAUCUUACUUGUGGCUAUGUCAUGGGUGUCCUUCUGGAUCAGUCAGUCAGCUGUGCCUGCCAGAGUGUCAUUAGGUAUAACUACAGUUCUUACUAUGACUACACUGAUGGUCAGUGCCCGAUCUUCACUUCCACGAGCAUCUGCUAUCAAGGCACUUGAUGUUUACUUCUGGAUUUGCUACGUGUUUGUCUUUGCUGCGCUGGUGGAAUAUGCAUUUGCACAUUUCAAUGCUGACUACAUGAAAAAGCAAAAGAACAAGAUAAAGGCAAGAAGACGGAGUGCAGAGAUAAAUGUGAAGAAUGCCAUUGUUCUGUUCUCCCUGUCCAUAGCUGGUGUGAACCAGGAACUGGCCGUUUCCAACAGGCAGCACAGAAUUCCCAGAGGCCUGCCUGGCUCAUAUGGCACAGUAGAAAUAGAAACUGGAGAGACAAAACAGCAGCAUGAAAUUAAACUGGAUAAGAAGAGUGGUCUGAAGUCCCUCUUUAAGCCCAUUGAUGCUGAUACCAUUGAUAUAUAUGCCAGAGCAGUGUUUCCAGCAGCCUUUGCAGCUGUCAAUGUUAUAUACUGGGUUGCUUACACAAUGUAAAAAACAAAACA